ACCUGCAUGGAUAUGACGUUACUCCUGCGAUACAGCUCAGUCAACUACAUGGCAAUCGUAAUGGAAAGUUAAACAACGCAGCUAUAGCUAUUCGUGAACCAUUGGCAUAGUAAAUAAGUUUGUACAAUGUUCAAAUUUGUGGGCAGAAAAGUUUCAUCCAGCACAGAACUGAACUAUGCGGAAUUCCAGAAGUAACCAGUGCAGGCUGUGUAAGGUUUACCACCUUUAAAUUCAGUUUUUUUUUCUUUUGUAUACAGAUGAGGUCUUUUUUCAGUUGCAGUAUUUAAGUAUGGUGGACAAGGGGCCUUUGUUGACUUCAGCUAUAAUUUUCUACCUGUCCAUUGGGGCAGCAAUCUUUCAAAUUCUCGAAGAACCGAACUGGGAGAUUUCAGUCUCAAGUUACACAACUCAGAAGGAAGAGAUACUUAAAACCUAUCCCUGUCUCACAAAAGAGGACUUGGAAAAGAUUUUGCAGGUAGUGUCAGAUGCUGCUGGGCAGGGCAUUGCCAUUACAGGAAACAAGACGUUCAGCAGCUGGGUCUGGCCAAAGGCUGUUGUCUUUGCUGCUACUAUCAUCACCACCAUAGGUUAUGGGAACAUUGCCCCAAAAACGGUUGGUGGUCGGGUUUUCUGCAUCUUCUACGGUCUGUUUGGAAUCCCACUGUGCCUCACAUGGAUCAGUGAACUGGGCACGUUCUUUGGGGCCCGAGCAAAGAAACUGGGGCAUUACCUGAUCAAGAGGGGCUUCACUGUGCGAAGAGCCCAGUUUAUCUGCAAUACCAUCUUUGUCCUGUGGGGGGUGAUUAUCCACCUGGUGAUCCCUCCCUUCAUCUUUAUGCAUCAGGAGCAAUGGUCCUAUGUGGAGGGAUUGUAUUUUUCUUUCAUCACUGUGACAACCAUUGGCUUCGGGGAUCUAGUUGCAGGUGUUAACCCAGAUAUAGACUAUCCUACUCCAUAUCGCUGCUUUGUGGAGCUAUGGAUUUACAUGGGCCUGGCCUGGCUCAGCCUGUUCUUCACCUGGAAGGUAAACAUGGUGGUGAGAGCCCACAAGGCCUUCAAGAAGAGAAGGAGACGUCGCAGGUCAUCCGUGGAAGAGCUACAUAACCACACAGAAGACAGCAAUGCCCAGUGUCAGUGUCACUCAGGUGACGAAGUCAACAUCUUCAAAUUCCUUUCAGAAAAACAAGAAGGCUAUGGAGAUCUUGUCAGGCAGAUCGGCAAUGAAAUGACAGAGGACAGGAUAGGGAAGGAUUUUGGCCGGUCACAGAGCUGCGGUGACAUCCGUGAUUUUGGUGUCAUCCCAAGAUUGGACCACUCACCGCACCAAAAGCAACGUUUCAGCUUCAUGCCCAUGGAACUCACCAAAAACAAGAGACACCUAGACUCAGAGCAUGAGAUGCUAUUGAUGGAUCUGUACACGGACACCAACUUAGAGGAGAUCCAGCAGGGCCAGGAUUCCUUGGAGGAUGCAGGUAUGGAAUGUCACUCUCAAUUGGGCACCCUUCAGAAUUCUGAGCUUAUCAUCAAUGAGCAGUUGCCCAUGACCAUUGAUGGCAUCAAGACCAGGCCCUCUGUAGCCAAAGAGCAAGUGGAAUCAGAGGACAGUUCUUCAGAGGAACAGUGAUAUUGGUAAAGAGGUAACAUUGUUCACUGUGAAUGGGCUCGUACUACUGCCACUAUUUCCAGGAUCUGUUGGAGGACCAUACUUACAUACUGAGAUAUCCAGUCACCAUGUGUUGUCUCCAUCUUCUGUCCACAUCAAAUGCAGUUCCUCAUAUCAAGAAAAUGGCUGUUUUACAUUUAACAUACCUCACAAUCAUACACACUUUGGUUAAUUUUAUGAAGAAAAAAAAAGCAGUCAAGCAAAUGGGGAUUUGAGACUGGGUUGUGUAGUUUGGCCAUGCAAGAAUUUGCCAUGAUUGUAUGCAUCCUAUUAUGUGUGUUAAGGAUAACUUUGAUUCAUUUAUUCAUAUGCAUCAGACUCUUAAAACAGCUUCACAGUGAACCAGCAUCUUAAACUGGAUCUUACACUCACUGAGCACUUUAUUAGGUAGACCUGUACAGUAGCUUGUUAAUGCAAAUAUUUAAUCAGCCAAUCAUGUGGCAGCAACUAAAAGCAUGCAGACAUGGUCAAGAGGUUCAGCUGCUUUUCAGACCAAAUGUCAGAAUGGGGAAGAAAUGUGAUCUAAGUGACUUUGACCGUGGAAUGAUUAUUGGUGCCAGACAGGAUGUUUUGAGUAUUUCAGAAACUGCUGAGCUCCUGGGUUUAUCACAGUCUCUAGAGUUGUCAGAGUAUGGUGAAAAAAACAAAAAACAUCCAGUGAGCAGCAGUUCUGCUCCAUCCAUAACAUCCAGUGAGUAGCAGUGGGCAAAAAUGCCUUGUUAAUGAGAGAGGUCAGUGGCAGAUUGGUCAAAGCUGACAGGAAGGAACAGUAACGCAAAUAACCACAUAUUAUUGAUUGAUUUAUAUUACAACAGUGGUAUGCAGAAGAGCAUCUUUGAACACACAACACGUCAAACCUCUUAAGUGGGUACGUUACAGCAGCAGAAGAUCAAUAGGUCUAAAAAAAUAAGUCUGAUAAAUACCUAAUAAAGUGCUCACUGAGUGUAUUUUACAUAGGACUGAUCCAGUUUGAGUUGUUGAAUGUAUGAAUGUAGGAUUCCUACAGAAAGCAUAGCAAGUCAAUUGUACAGAACUAAAUACAGUACUUUAUUUAGAAAUAAAGUAUUAUUUAGUUGAAAUUAGCUACAGGUAGGUCUCAUCUGUAUGUCAUUGAUAUAUUUAUUCCAAGGAAUAAUCAUCAAUUACUGUUUGUAUAUUGAUAUUAUAGCAUCCCAAUUAAUUGUCUUCCAAUGAUGACUCAUGGCUAGAGAAAGAUAAAUAAUAAUUCAAUGCAUGCAGGAAAAUCUAUGUAUAUACUAAAUCAAAUCUUAUGAAAGGAAAAUACAAGUUUGGAUCAUUCCAGAAUGUGUGCUGUGAAUUUAGCUGUGUCAACCACAUCAAUUAAUUACUUCCACAAAUAAGGGGAUCUAAUGCUGCAACACUAAACUGGCCCUGGUCCUUCCAGUCCAUGCCUAACAUUAUGCACCUUUGCUCUUUGGCCAUGUAGCAGAAAAAUGCGUAGUUGCAACAUGAGCAUGCAAUGCAUUAGUGAGCCGAAAGUCAACCCUAUUUCAGCAUAGGAUCUGGAUACAGUCCAUCUGCACUAAUGGCACAUGUACCCAUCAAAUGCCAUCAAAUGCCACUCAGCUCAGCUGACUGUGACUAUGUAGCUCAGUGGGGGAUACAUUUACAUUCAGUAUUUGAGACUGAACAGAGGCCCUAUUGUUUUUGGGCCCCGAGUAGACCGAGGUUAAAUAAAAACAUCAUCAUUGUAACAUCACUUCUCCACCUAUAAGUUGGUCCAUUGUAUUCAGUGCUCAUUCUGAACUUUUGGCACUGCAAAGGCAAUUCUAUUGUUUGCUUAUUCCCAAAAGUUUGUCCAGUUGUCAGUGGUGAAUUAACACAGGGCAAUUAAGAAGACCACAGUACUAUGAACAUAGUGCAAGAUGCCUUCGUGUAGAUUUUACUGUGUUCAGGGCUGUGACUAUAUCAAGCAACUUUGAGUGAAUGUACAUUUACAUGGAAUAACUUGGUUAAAGUGUCAUGUACAGUCAGGUCUAGAACUAUUGGAACCUCGGAUAAAUAUGUACAACAAAAACUCAACUGAAAAAAGAUUAUCAUUAUCGACAUAAACAUUAUUUUACUACAUGUGUAAAGUAGUGUAUUUUAUUAAUAAUUCAAUGCAAUU